CCUUUGGGUCACCAGAAUGACAUCCUCGCUCGACGCCAAGGACACAAAGGUCUCAGACCAACAGAUCCAGUCCAUCGGAUCCGUCGAUCUCAACGUCAUUGACAUGAACGGACACGAUCUCAAUGUUGUCGGUGUUCGCGACGACUUGAUUAUCGCAGACGGAGAAAAAGAUAUCACCGGCUUCGUCUGGUAUCUUUCUGCCGUCGCAGGUAUCUCUGGCUUCCUCUAUGGUUGGGACACUGCCGUCGUCGGUGGCGCGCUCGCAAAUAUCGGAGACGCGCUCGGCCACGAACUCAAUUCGGUCGAGCAAGAGUGGGCCGUCGCUUCGCUCUCCGCUGGCGCCAUCGCUGGUACGCUGAUCGGUGGUUCUCUCUCCGACAAGAUUGGCCGCAAGGGUGUGCUCAUGAUCGGAGACGUCCUCUUCCUCCUCGGUGGCAUCAUCAUCUGCGCUGCCUACUCGCUCGCGCAGUUCAUCGUCGGCCGAAUCCUCAUGGGUGGCGGUGCCGGUAUCGCCGCGGUCAUCUGCGCCGUCUACCUCGGCGAGGUUGCGCCGAGCAUGCACCGUGGCCGCAUCGUUGCCGUCCAGAGCGUCCUCAUCACGGGUGGACAGCUCUGUGCAUAUGCCGUCAGCGCUGGGCUCGAGAACGUCAACCACGGGUGGCGCAUCCUCUUCGCACUCAGUCUUCCCUUCGCGCUCGGGCAGGGUAUCGCCAUGCACUGGCUUCCCGAGACGCCCCGUUUUGCGGUCCUCAACGGCAACCCCACCGACGCUCGCCGCACCCUUUGCCGCAUCUAUCCCAAGGCAUCCGAGGUGCAGGUCGACCUGAAGCUCAAGGCCAUCGAACUCGCCACCGAGGUCUCUGUCUCACUCAAGAAGAAGCAUCCCUCCAUCAUGGGCCGCAUCUAUGCCGUCUGCACGACGCCCUCUUACCUCCGUUGCGUCACCUGCGCCGCCGUCGUCUUCCUUGGUCAGCAGCUCUCGGGCUGGAACUCGUUCCUGUACUACUCGAGCACCCUCUUCGGAGCAGCAGGCUUCAGCAACACGUCGGCUGUCGGAAUUCUCGUCGCGGGCAUCAACUGCCUCUUCACCGUCUUUUCCAUGUUCACCAUGGACAGGAUCGGUCGCCGCCGCAUGUUCCUCAUCGGCGUGCCCAUCAUGACAAUCGCCCUCGCCAUUGCCGCCGUCGCCUUCCACUACAUGACGCUCAGCACCGACGGCCAGCUCCUCGACGGACAGGACUAUCCGACCAAGUGGGUCGGGCUCAUGCUCGGCAUGAUGUGCUUCUUCAUCGUCGGCUAUGCGCCCUCCCUCGGGACAAUCGCCUACACGACCAUCGAGCUGAUCCCGCUCGAGGUGCGCGGUAUUGGGUCCUCCAUCGCUGUGGCCUUCCAGUGGGGUGGCAACCUCAUCAUCAGCUCCACCUUCCUCACCAUCCUCAAGUCCAUCGGCGCUGCGGGGACGUACGGCCUCUUUUCCGGAUUCUGCUUCCUCACAUUCGUCUUCAUCUACUUUUGCUACCCGGAGUCGGCUGGGCUCACACUCGAGGAGACGGGGACGCUCUUCCUCGACGGCUUUGGCGUCAAGAAGGCAGACCAGAUCCGUCUGGUCAAGAGCAACAAGAGGGACCUCGAGGGUUCGGGGUCCGACCCGUCGCCUUUCGUGGACGACAAGUAGUUCCUCUACGAACUGAUGAUGUGUUUCUUGACUUGUAUUGUACUUUUGGACGUCUUCGUGGGCAAUGCGCAUGCAAUCAAUGUGUCCU